UAUGAACUAUGGAAGUCAAUUUGUUCACACCACUGACCAGCUCAUAUACACUAAUUAGACAGCUUCUCUUUUGCUUGGAUGAAUGUCUGCUGUCUCUUUCCUAUCCAUUUCACAUUUCUGUACUCACAACAACAACUACUGAUGAAAAUUUUAACUCAUUAAUCAAUUAGAGCUAGCACACGUAAUCGAUCCAACCAAAAACCAAACCCAUUGAAAAUCACCCCACCAAAAAUCCAAAAGUCCCAAAUCCUAUAUAUAUUAAACAAAUUCGCAUCUUCAUUCAACUCAACCAAACACACUCAAUUCUACAGAUAUCCCAAUAAUCUAAUCAGUUAUGAUGUCUCACUUUUUACCACUCUGUUCAAUGACAGUCUUUUUGUUCCUCCUUUUGAUCAUAUCCCCUGCCAUAGCUUGUGAUCGCUGUGUUCACCUGGGCAAAGUUGGUUUCUUCGGCAAAGCCUCUGCUCUUCAAUCUGGCGCUUGUGGGUAUGGUUCCUUAGCUACGUCUUUCUAUGGCGGUCGUCUUGCCGCUGCUGUUCCCGCCGUUUAUAAAGACGGAGCUGGCUGUGGAGCCUGUUUUACGAUAAGAUGCAAGAACCCGAAAAUUUGUACGGAAUCAGGCACCACCAUGAUCGUGACUGAUCUGAACCAGAGCAAUGAAACUGAUUUCGUAUUGAGCUCCAGAGCUUUCGGGGCUAUGGCGAAACAGGGGAUGGAUCGGGAGCUCUUUAAACUCGGAAUUGUCGACGUUGAAUUCAAGAGAGUACCCUGUGAACACAAGAGGAAUCUGGCGUUUCGGGUGGAAGAAUCAAGUCAGAAACCUCAUUAUCUUGCAGUCAAAGUGUUAUACCAAGGUGGUCAGACAGAGAUUGUGGCUCUUGAUGUGGCUCAGGUAUCCUCAAAUUUUAAAAAAACCAUUCUUAAUAUGUACCCAAAUCAGGCGUAUUAAUUUGUGACACGAUAAAAUUAGUAAUUUCAUAAUAAUGUUAUACUGUAUGAGUUAUUCGAGUAACGUGCUAAUAUUGUAAUAAUGUGAUGCUGUAUCGGGAAUUCGUGAUUAUAAUCUUUCAUCCUUACGUAAAUCAGGUUGGAUCGGGGAAUUGGAACUACAUGAGCCGAAACUACGGGGCAGUGUGGGAUACGAGCAAAGUACCGGCCGGAGCGUUAGAAUUCAGGAUGGUGGUGACCUUAGGAUACGACGGCGCGUAUCACUGGGCUAAGAACGUGUUGCCGGCGGAUUGGAAGAACGGCGUGAUUUACGAUUCCGGUUUACAAAUCACUGACAUUGCUCAAGAAGGUUGUUCUCCUUGUGACCCGGGCACAGGCUGGAAGAAAUUGUAAUUUUUUCUUCCUAUGAUAUAACUACUCUCUCCUCACAAUCAUCUAAUAGGUUGUAAUAACAUUUCAUAAUGUAGAUUUGAAAUAAAUAACGUUUCCAUAACAAAAAAAAUAAAAUAAAAAAACAAGUAUAUAUUCCUUCUGAUUCUUAUUAUAAGACAUUUUGAUUUGUCCUAAAUUUCACUUAGGAUAUAUUUCUAAUUAAAAUAAAAAAUUUUAAAAAAUUUCUUAAUAAUUAAGAGAACACAACGAAUAUAUAAAUAUAUUUUUAAGGUUUUUUUUCAAUUAAAAAAACAUUUUAGACGAAACCUAAGACAAAUCAAAAUACCUUAUAAUAAGUACUUGUGGGAUAAGAUAAUAAAAUUCUAUGCCUCUUGCUCAUUACUUUUACGUACUUAAUGCUUUAAUAGUAGCACUGGGAACUCUAUGCUCACAAAUUGUUCACAGUCCUCUUUUAUCCCCCAACAAUGUCACAUUCCACAGUCCCAAAAAAGAAAAACAUAUUUAUUGAAUUAAUUUAAAAUCAAGAUCGUUCUAUACUUAUAUUUAUGAAUUGUAGGGUAUGAAUCAUUGAAAAAAUAAAAAAUAAAAAAACGUAUAAUACCUCCAUUUUAAUUUGAUUGUAUAUCACUUUCGCAAAGGAAGACACUAUUUUUUUCCCCUUAUAAUUAGCCUUUAACUUACUUCUUUACUAAUUCUUAUUUUCGAUUUUAUCAUUCUCAUUCCUCAAUUUUAAUAUGGUUUACGUGUCUUCUUUUCAUAUAUUUAGUCUUCCCAAUCACAAUACAUUUAAUCUGGUAAUACCGAUUACAUUUUUUUUUUUAGUUAAUAAUUGUGCAAAUACAAAAGCUGCCUUAAGAAAAUAAUUAUUACUACUAUAAAUAAUUAGAAAUUUCAUACACACCAUAUUAAUUGUGGCGAUGCAUGAAUAUUUAGCAGCCGCAAGGAAUAUGAAAUAAUUAUUAAACGUGCCUUCUGAAUUGUAUUAACAAAUUAUAUUUCUUAACUGAAAUGAACCCCAAUUGGCUUGAAAUUUAAAUGAACGUAUCCUCAUAUUUUUCAUGUCUAAAUCUACUAAGCGGUGCUUAAUAAUUUUUCAUAAUCAAGAUGUUUUGACCCUGCACGUAAUAUAAAGAUUUUUGAGGAAUAUUAGGUUAGAAGGGUGUGUCUUUGUUUAUGGAUCGAGGACGAAGAAGAUUUGUAUCAUUUCUUUUCCUGUCUUUGUUUACCCAUGUUUCAUACAUAAUUUUAUUGCCUUUCAGAAUAUUUUAUUAUUUCCUAUAUGUUUUCUAAGGUUAUAAUAUUCUUAUACAUUAUAUUUUUUGUGCACAACUUUUUCUUCGAUUAUCAAAACGUUAACAAAAGUGUCACUGAAGAGUAAAUUAAGAGGAAUAUGAAA